AGGGCAGUGAAUUCAUUAAUUUAUGAAUUUAUUUAUCAACUUUAACAAUGCAGAAGGAAAAACCCACAACGCCAACAAUGAGAAGGGCUCAGACCACAAGGACUCGCACUCCAGAUAGAGUAGAUGCAUCAGCAAGAUCUCGAAAUCGUGGACAAGUCAGAUGUCGUGCCACAUUAACCCCAACAGAUUUUGCAGUUCCCGGACUGCCAAUUACGAGGCGUGGAUCAGCAAUGAAUAACAUGAACACAACAAGAGUGUCGGUGAUGCCAAUCGGUCAUUUGGAUAGUACGAGACGAUUUCGAGACGAAUCAGAGGCCAACAACAACGAAUUGAGUUUACUUUAUGAUAAAUAUGUUCAAACACUGGCAGAAGAGCACAUACUCAAGAAGAAAAUUGAGGAAAGGGAGAAAAAAAUUGUCACGCAGCUGACAGCAUUGGCAAAGGAGCUGGAACAGUGCAGUGGAAAGCUACAUGAGAUUAGAAUGAAAGAACUCGAUGUUUCUACAUUAAAUGACAUUCAAAAGAACUCCGACGCUCAGAUAAAAGAAAUAACAGUAUUUCUCGAUACUUAUCAGGGAAAAUCUGUGGAAACACUUGUCCACAUUCAAUCAAUCCUAAAAUCCUUGGACAUUCUCACAUGUAAGGAUAUAAUAAUUCCCAAAACAGCGGAACAAAUGGAGAAAUUAGUGACUACUCUCGAGAGAUGCAAUGAAUUCCUAGUUUCCAUGAAUUCCAUGAUAGGAGAUAAAGGAAAGACAAUGAAUACAGGAAGUCAGGGCCUCAAGGAUUUCCUCCAAACUCACGAAAAUCUUCAGAAGUACAUGGGAAAUUUGGAGGAUGCAGUUGAGGCUCUUCAAAUCGAAGUGCUGAAGUCCCUCUCGACGACUCUAACACCUUCCCCAUAGCCAAUGAUUUAAUAAUUAAUUUCCACUCAACUUGUUCAAAAAUAAAUUAAAUUUUCUCAUAAAACAAUAAAAAAAAC